CGACUUCAAGCACUCCGAUUUCGCAUCUCCGUUCUCGUCGCUUCAUUAAUCCAUUACCCAUUACCACCCAAAUCUCGUGCAAAGGAUUACAAAGUAGGCUCGCAUCACCAUCGCUUGCACAAACUAGCGUCCUCCAAAUCAUCACAAUGGCCCCCGGCUGGCCCAUCCCGGACAUCCCUGGCGUGCUGCUGGAAGACUACGACACGCGCGACUUCCUGAACCAGCACAUCGCAGGGCUCUGCGGACAAACGAGCAACAAGUUCCCCGGCUCGCAGCCCGUGUCGUUCUCGAACGAUUCGCUCGAUCUAUUGGAAAAGCUCGACUUUUGGGUGUGCGAGAAGAGUGAUGGCGUGCGCGUGCUGCUUUUUGUGGUGUACAAUGGCAUGACGCAGAACCAGGAGGUGUGGUUGAUCGACCGCAAGCAGCGAUACUUUAACAUCGAAAAUCUCCACUUUACCCACUGGGAACGACUAGAUGACCCAUUGACAGACACGAUCCUGGAUGGCGAGCUCGUCAUCGACAUCGACCCCAGAACAAAAAAGGAGACGCUGCGGUUCUACGCGUUCGACUGCCUCGUCCUGGGCGGCGAGAACAUCAUGAAGAAGCCGCUCGUGAAGCGUUACGCGCGAUUGCGUGAGUGGGUGAUCGCGCCGAUGAAGCGCGCCUUCGCGCGCUUCCCCGAGUGGAAGGCGAAGGCGCCGUUCGAGAUCAUCGCCAAGCCGCAGGAGCUGGGCUAUUGCGUGCGCCAGGUGCUCGACACGCACAUCCCAAAGCUGCAGCACGGGCACGACGGCCUCAUCUUUACAUGCGCAGAGAGCGAGUACGUCCCUGGAACAGACCACAAGAUUCUCAAGUGGAAGCCGCCGAGCGAGAACUCGAUCGAUUUCCGCAUUGAGCUCCGUUUCCCGCCAGGGCCGGGCGGCGACCCCGACCUCUACGCCAAGCCGGUGUUCCUGCUUAACCAGUGGAUGGGCGGGAGCCAAUACGAGUUUUUCGACGAAAUGGACGUGGAGGACGAGGAGUGGGAGACAAUGAAGAAUAGCGGGGAGCAGUACCACGGCCGCAUUAUCGAGUGCGUGUGGAGCGAUGAGCGGCAGGGGUGGCGCAUGAUGCGUUUCCGCGACGACAAGCCGCACGGGAAUCACAGCUCGACAGUUCAGAAGGUGCUUGAGUCGAUCGCGGACGGCGUUGAGAUGGACGCCGUACUCGCACGUCAGGACUCGAUCCGCGCUGCGUGGAAGGAGCGUGCGGCGCGGCAGCAACGUGGGGGGCCGCCGCCGCCCCAAGCCGGCCAGCGCGCCCCACCACCACCACCACCGCCGCCGCCGCCGGCACGGGCGGGUGGUAUCAGGCGGUAGACGUUGUAUUUCAUGCAUAUAUUUGUGCUCUGGC